AUGGGUUACUAUGUUUUCUCAUUGAGGCUGUGGGUUUAUGUUGUGUGUUGCUGGUUUAGUUCUACUUUUGCUGAGGACAAUGUUGUUACGAUAGAUGAGGCGAGUGUAAUUGCGUCAACAGAUGAAGAUUUCAUAUGUGCCACGUUGGAUUGGUGGCCUCCAGAGAAGUGUGAUUAUGGAAAAUGUAGCUGGGGAUCUGCUUCGUUGCUUAGUGUGGAUCUCAAAAACCCAAUCUUCUUUAACGCGGUUAAAGUGUUUUCACCGUUGAAGAUCAGAUUGGGAGGCACUUUGCAAGACAAAGUCUUCUAUCAGACUACACACAACCACAAAAAUUGCUUUCCUUUCAGAAAAGUUGAAGGGGAGAUGUUUGGUUUCACUGAAGGAUGCCUUUCGCUGAGCAGAUGGGACGAGCUAAAUUUGUUAUUCGCCAAAUCUGGUGCAGUCGUUAUCUUCGGGUUGAAUGCUCUUCGUGGGAAAAAAAUAAACAACAAUGUGGCAACCGGUCUUUGGCAUUACAAGAAUGCUGAAUCUUUUAUACAAUACACAGUUGAAAAGGGUUACAAUAUCUAUGGCUGGGAACUUGGUAACGAAUUGUGUGGAAACCAUGCAAUAGGAGUAGGAAUUGAUGUUGUUGAGUAUGCCUAUGAUACCAUUGCUCUACACAAUUUAAUACAAGAUUUAUACAAGAAUGUUAGGAUGAUGAAACCAGUGGUGAUAGCACCCGGAGGAUUCUUCGACAAGGACUGGUACACCCAAUUCAUUGCUAAAACAGACGGCUCACUCAAUGUCAUCACCCACCACAUUUAUAAUGUAGCCGGAGGAGAUAAUCCCGAUAUUUUAAGUAGGAUUUUGAAUCCAUCUGCUCUUAAUGAUGAAAGCAUCGUGUUCCGAGAACUCCGUGAUGCAAUAUCUUUUUCGCAAAACCCAGCAGUUGCUAGUUGGGUUGGGGAAGGUGGAGGAGUUUGGAAUAGUGGUCGAGAUAAAGUUACAAAUACAUUCGUCUUUGGAUUUUGGUACUUGGAUCAGCUAGGGAAAGCAUCGAUUUACGGCACAAGGACAUACUGCAGGCAAUCAUUAAUUGGUGGUAACUAUGGUUUACUCAACACUAACACAUUUGUUCCGAAUCCAGAUUACUACAG